AUGUGGAUUCGUUCACUGCCCAGUACCUCCAAACACCUACCCAGCGUUCAUUUCAGUCCUCACAACCCGGAUGUCUUCUCUAAUCAACGUCCUCCAUGUCAACUACCCCGGACCCCCUAUAACAACCUCACCCGAUGUUACCCUGCCGUGCAUGGGAACUUCACCGACGUCAACACACUAGUCACGGCACUGGAGACCAACAGAUACUUCGGGACAGACAAGUUCAUCUUCUACAACUACAGCAUACCAGAACAGGUCAACAAGGUCUUGCUGCAAUAUGAGAGACAAGGAAUUGUGGAGAUGAGGAACUGGAGGCUGCCCUUUCCCCCAGAGGAAAUCCACUACUGGGGACAGAUGGCGAGUAUGCAUGACUGUGUCUUCUCUCAGCUUGGAAUGGCCAAAUACGUUCUUCUUGCUGAUGUUGAUGAAAUUGUUGUGCCUAAGAAUAACGUUUCAUUGGUAGAUCUGGCUGACAGACUAUUGAAUACAAAAGAUCCACGUUCUCCAAAAGUAUACGGAGCUCUUAUGUUCCAAAACACGUUCUUUUCACUCUAUGAAAAUGAGACAAAAUACAUGUUUUCUGAAAAAAAGAUUGCCAAAAAGUUCAAAAUGAAGGCAUUUCUGCAUACAAACAGGUCACACAUAAAAGGUCCAGGAUACAGAACAAAACUUCUUGUGAAACCCGAGGCUGUGGAUCUGAUUCAUGUUCAUGGCAUAGAAAAGUUUCUUCCUGACUGGGCGAUGUAUGUAGUCAGCCCAGAGGUCGCUCUAUUGCAUCAUUAUCGGGAGAAAUACGACAGUCAGAGCUUUGCACCUUGGAGUCAGGAUUUCACCUUCAUCAAAUACAGCAAGAGUCUAAUACCCAACAUCAAGAAGCGACUUUUAAAUCUCCAAAGUAAACUGGGAAUAAAGAUUUGA